AUGCUCUUUUUCUUGGCUCGAUUGGCAGCAAAUUUCUUUGCAUUGAUGGAAAUGGGCAGUAUGAGGAAAUCUUUUCAACGAGCUGCUGAUUUGUCUAGCUCAAUUUUCUAUGGAGUAUCGGUAAUCCUUGCAUCGGAGCGUCUAAUAGCCGCCUGUUUUGGGAUGAAAUAUGAGGAGAAUGCGAUCAGUUUGACCGUGCCGGCUGCUAGCGCUUUCUUAAUGAUAAUUUUCACGGCUUACAUCGCUAUCUUGAGCUGGAAUCAGUACUUGAAUUACUUUCACAUCUACAGCAUUCUCGGUUCAUUUGUGAUUUAUUCAAGUGUGGUUUCCUUGUUGCUUCCUUACAUCGCGCGACGACAACAGAAAACGACAUUUCAGAAGAGAUUCACUGGGAAAACAACGCUGUCGGGGAGGAUUCAAGUUGAGGAGAAUGUUAGAACAGCUCAAGCUCUUCAACUCUUUCUUCCAUUCAUCGGCAUCUCUUCACUUUCACUUCUCCUUUGUUACAUCAGCGUUUGGACGAUUACGCGAAGAAAUUUCCCGGAUUGGUUUCUCGUUUAUGGAAAGUUGACAAUUGCCAUAUAUUAUGCGUUGAAUGCAAGUCAGACUCUGAUCUCAAUGCUAUUACUUUUGUUCUAUCACAAAUCGUUGCGCACGAGGUUGGCGAUGAAUUUCCCGAAUUUCGUUAAAGUCUCACACAAACUCGCGAAGAUUCACGCAGAAGCGAAACAUUUGGCAAUGGAAGAAUUGAGAAUGACGAAACAAGAGGAAAAAGAGCUUUAUUUUGAGACUUACAAGAAACAAUGGAGU